AUGGACACAAAUGACAGUGAAAUACACAUAAUACAUAAAUACUUCGAGCGAAAUCCUACAGAUUGGAGUAUUCGCGAGUUCUUGGACAAAUGUGAGGAGAAAAAAUUUGAUCUAAAAAUCCAAACUUAUUGCUUAUCACUUGAAAACAUCAUUAAACAAGGAGAAUUAAAUCAUAGACAUGGUAAAGCUCAGCUCUUGCUAGAUUGGUAUAAAAAGUCUAUGAGGCGAGCCACAAAGCCAGUCUGGGGCACAGAAAAAACUACGAGUUUCUUGUUUCUGUGUUCAAAUCUACGAGGGAAACAAACCUUAAUUGACGACAGGCCUUCGAUCCAUUUCCAUCAACUGACGUUUUUACCCAAUACCAUUAAUGGAAUUAAUAAUACUGGAGCUUUUGAUAUUCAUCUAUUAAAAAAAUCCAGGAAAAGAAAGAAAGAUCAGGAAGAUGAAGAUGUAGAGGAUGAAGGGAUUGACAACUCUGCAAUACUUUAUGAUAGACUGAUAAUGGGAAUUAAUACUGCACGAGAAAAUCAAACAGCAACGGCCUGUUUGAUGACUCCGCUAUAUUGGGGUGUCGUAGAUCUUAGAGCAGAGAAUGUCUCUCCGUACCCAAAACAUUCUCGUGUGAAAGAAUUUUUAUCAGAUAUGGAAGUUCAAAAUCUACAACAAACGGCUAUUAAAAUUAUAACUGAAGAAUCACAUUUGAGUGUAUCUGUUAAAACACUUCUGGAGAUGAUUCAAUGUAGCACUUUUAGUCUCAGAAAACUCAGUAAGGAGAAAAGGGCUCGGGGAAUUGCAGGUAUUUGUUCCUUGCUUAAGAUAGAUGCGAAAAUAUAUGACAAAGACACCCAGUACAUUGGAGAAUGUAUGGAUGCCUUCGAUUUGUAUAGUAUAUGGGAAUGGUCUUCGCAAGAUCUACCAAGAAAGGAUGAUGACAUUAUAACUGCGAUGACUUUAUGUAAAAGAUUUCUAAUCUAUCGAAAUCUUCUAAACCGAAUAUCCAAUCUAUCUCAAAUAGCUAUUAGACUUUCACAAAUUUUCAGAGAAGAUGUAGAGAAUAUGCAAGUUGUUCAUAUUAAUAAAUCUGUCAAAUUGAGUCCUAUAGUGGCUCUGAAAGAAAAAAGAGUCUCUUCCAAGAAAAAUGAGAAAAACACUUAG